AUGCCCAUUAUGGAACUCAACACCAGUGCCACACCCUUUCUGCUCACUGGCUUUGUGGGCCUGGAGAAAGCUCACCACUGGAUCUCCAUCCCGUUAUCUGUUGUCUAUAUCGCCAUACUUCUUGGCAAUGGCAUACUCCUAUUUCUCAUCAGGGUUGACCAUAACCUCCGUGAACCCAUGUACUAUUUCUUAGCCAUGCUGGCCACCACGGAUCUUGGGAUGACCCUGGUUACAAUGCCCACAGUGCUAUCUGUAAUGUGGAUAAAUCACAGGGAAAUCGGCCACGGCACCUGCUUUCUCCAAGCCUACUUCAUCCACAGUUUCUCUACAAUAGAGUCUGGAAUUUUGCUUGCCAUGGCCUAUGAUCGCUUCAUUGCCAUCCGCAACCCACUGAGAUAUACUUCCAUUCUCACAAACACCCAAGUGAUAAAGAUUGGAGUGGGAGCUUUUGUGAGGGGAUUUGUCCUCAUCUUGCCUCCAAUAUUGCCUCUCUAUUGGUUUUCCUAUUGCAGAUCCCGUGUCCUCUCUCACGCAUUCUGCCUCCACCAGGAUGUUAUCAAAUUAGCCUGUGCUGACAUCACCUUCAAUCGCCUAUAUCCUAUUGUGGUGGUAUUUUCUGUGGCCCUAAUGGACUGCCUGAUAAUCUUUUGCUCCUAUAUUUUGAUUCUCCAGACCGUCAUGAGCAUUGCCUCUGGAGAGGAGAGGUCCAAGGCCCUCAACACAUGUGUCUCCCACAUCUGCUGCAUCCUGGUCUUUUAUGUCACUGUUUUUGGUUUGACAUUUGUCCACCGAUUUGGGAAGAAUGUUCCCCAUCUAGUACACGUCACAAUGAGCUACGUCUACUUCCUUUUUCCCCCUGUUAUGAACCCUGUCAUUUACAGUAUUAAAACUAAGCAGAUUCGCAGUGGUUUACUCCAAUUAGUCUCUCUGUCCCCAUCAAGAAAAUGA